AUGUCACACCAGUCACCCCACACCCCCGUACUCGAAGCACCAAAGUAUAGCAAAACGUAUCUAUACCCGAAAGCCACCAACAUAUAUCACUAUUAUGCAAAUGCUUACGCGUUCGCCGAAAUGGUCACUAAGCAGGCCUGGAAACUGCCUAAACAACAGAUUCUAGACGACGCAAACAAAGCCUGGCUUAGUGUGCGCAAUUAUGACAGGCAUAGGAUUUACGACGAGAUAAACAAAUUGUUGAACACACCCAUCCCCCCGAGCCCUCCUUAUUCGCACGAGUCCGCAGCGCCCGCCGGCUCAACAGAGUCGUCAACUAUGGUCUCCAGCAGCCCAAAUGCUGACGCACUUACUCAACAACAGCUGCAGCAGGCGGUCACACCUAAUUCCCAAACUAGUCAACAUCUGUCGAUAUCCAUGCAAGACCAUCAGAAUUUAGACCCGAUGACUUCUACACCAAGACGACAACAACAGUUACAUCAACAGCAGACACCGCAACAAUCGUCACAGUCGAGUGAUCGAACUCGGCCCUCAACAGAUUCAGAACGCGCGUCUUCGUUAUCUGAUCGUUAUUCCACUCCCUUAUCAACGCCAACAUCUAAAAAUGCCGCAGCACAGAAACAGGCUCUCCAGGAUAUCGAAGAAGCUACGCGCAAAGCAGAAGAAUACAAGUCUCUUGUUACAAUGACUACCGAUGAGGAUCUUGCCAAGGAUUUAUAUGUAAAAAUACAGCAAGCCGAGACAACUAUUCUCGAGAAUCAAAAGAGAUUAAAGCGAUUGAAGAGUGGCGCCGAGGCGCAGGAACGUUUCAGACAGAAGCGAAGAAAGAAGACUGAAGAUUUGUCUUCCAGCACAACUGAACAGCCGUUCGAGAUGCCCGAACCAUUGUUGGAUACAGAUACGGGAUUUUCUUCAGCUGUAGAAUCUGCUAUCGAUGAAAUUUCGGAAGAGUUACGAGAUAUUAGCUUACGCAUUCAUGCGCACCCCGAAACCGCAAUGCGCGAAACAUAUGCACACGAAAUAUUGACUAAAUUUUUAGAAAGCAAAGGCUUUACAGUAACACCGGGUGCUUUCGGCCUGGAAACAGCGUUUGUCGCAGAGUAUCAUAACAUGCCUGAAAGCAAAUCACGCACUGUAGCAUAUAUUUCCGAAUACGACGCGCUACCAGAUAUCGGUCAUGGUUGUGAUUUGAUUGCAAUAUCCGGAGUAGCUGCUGCAUAUGGUACAAUGUGUGCAAUGAGAGCAUACAAUAUUACCGGGAAGGUCGUGCUGUUGGGCACGCCUGCUGAAGAAUCUAUCGGUGGUAAAAUAAAAUUAAUACAUGCUGGGGCUUACAAGAAGAUUGAUGCGUGUCUUAUGGUCCAUCCGGCUCAUGCAAAUGCGCUUUAUGGUGGUUAUUUGGCUCUUGCUAGCGUACGCGUUGAAUACAAUGGCAGAGCUGCUCACGCAGCCGCUGCACCAUGGGAAGGAGCAAAUGCGUUAGACGCAGUAGUGCUCGCGUAUAAUGGCAUCUCGAUGCUUAGACAGCAAGUGCCCCCAACUACCAGGAUACACGGCAUAAUCACUGACGGAGGGAAAUCGCCAAACGUCAUACCUGAUCACGCAUCAGCAUUAUUUUUCAUAAGAGCUGCGACUGGUCUUCAACUUAUUGCACUGCGUCAAAAGAUUACUGCAUGCUUGGAAUCAACUGGAAUGGCUACGGGAUGUUCGACGAAAUUGACUUGGGAACAAGAAUAUUAUGAUGUACUUGUCAAUGAGCAGUUGGCUGAACGUUUCGGAAAAUAUAUGACUGAUCGCGGAGUGAAAUAUCUUACAAAGGCUGAAGAAUUAAAAGUUACUAAAGCGUCUACAGAUAUGGGAAAUGUGAGCUAUGAGGUUCCAAGUAUUCAUGCAGUAUAUAGCAUUGGAACGACCCACGGUCUUCAUACGGCAGAAUUUGCCGAGGCUGCGAAAACAUCACAAGCACAUAACGCAACGAUGCGAGCAGCAAAAUGCUUGGCUUUAACAGGUUUGGAUGUUCUAGUGGACGAUCAACUGAACAAAGAAGCGCAUAAAGAAUUCAAAGCAGCCAUACUUGCGCAGAAGCAAUAA